AUUACAGGACCCUAACUGAAUCACUCUACUCUGGUUCUACCUGCUCCCCAACCCUCAUACCUCAUCAGGGUAAAGGUGCAUAACAUUCAUGGCUCGCACCAAGUCGACCGCACGCAGCACGAGGGCGCCAGCGGCGGCGGAGGAGGCCCAUGGUUAUGAGUUUGGCGGCCCCAUUGGCGCGGCCCUGAUAUCUUUUGGCCUUCCCAUCGCCUGCUACGCCUUUGGCUUCCUCUGCAACGACGUCUCGGGCUGUCCUCCGCCGUCGCUGCUCUCGCCCGCCAAACUCUUCACGCCGCCCACCCUCUCCAACAAGGCGCCGUGGCAGCACGCCCUCGACACCCUCAAGGCCGACGUGGGCUGGCCAGGCUGGGCCGGUCUCAUCAAUACCGAAGCCGUGCUAGGCUCACUCUUCUGGUACGGCCUCAGUCUGCUACUCUAUGUUCUGCUCCCGGCCCACGAUGUGCUCGGCACGGAGCUGAGGACGGGCGGCCGUCUGAGAUACCGGUUCAAUGCCUUUCUCUCCGCCAUCACCAUCUUCGUCGCCUGCGCCGCCGGCACCGUUCUUCGCGGGCCCGACUUCCAGGUCUGGACUUUCGUCAACCGCAACUACAUCCAGCUCCUCACCGUCAACAUCAUCAUCGCAUACGCCCUCGCCAUCUUCGUUUACCUGAAGUCGUUUGAAGUGAAGGCUGGGAAUAAGGAGCAGCGCGAGCUGGCAGCUGGUGGCCACAGCGGGAACAUGUUGUAUGAUUGGUACAUUGGCCGUGAGCUCAACCCUCGCGUGACCAUUCCCUUCGUUGGUGAAAUUGAUAUCAAGAGCUUCAUGGAGCUGCGGCCCGGCAUGAUUGGCUGGGUCUUGUUGGAUUUGGCAUUCGCGGCCAAGCAGUACAAGAGCUACGGCUACAUCACUGAUUCAAUGCUUAUUGUGAUUGUUUCACAGGCCGUCUACGUUCUCGAUGCUCUUUACAUGGAGCCGGCCAUCCUGACCACUAUGGAUCUGACCACCGAUGGUUUCGGGUUCAUGUUGUCCUUUGGCGAUUUGGUAUGGGUGCCGUUCAUCUACUCCAUCCAAGCCAAAUAUCUCAGCGUGCAUCCCGUUGCCCUCGGGCCAGUGUGGGUAGCAAUCAUUCUUGCCAUUCAAGCGACGGGCUACUACAUCUUCCGGGCCACCAACAAUGAGAAGAACGUCUUUCGAACGAACCCGAAUGACCCCAAGGUUGCACACCUAAAGUACAUUGAGACCUCGACUGGAUCCCGACUGCUCACGACUGGCUGGUGGGGGACUGCCAGACAUAUCAACUACUUGGGUGACUGGCUGAUGAGUUGGUCUUAUUGCCUGCCGACACUGGCCGCAGGCUACAAACUCACGCCCACCAUUCUGUUUGAAGGUUCGCGCUUAGUGAGUACAGAUGGCAUGAAAGGCGCCGGAAUGCCCAUCACCUACUUCUACAUGUUAUACUUUGCCAUUCUGCUCAUCCAUCGUGAGAUGCGCGACGAAGCAAAGUGCAGACGCAAGUAUGGCGACGAUUGGGAGAAAUACUGCCAGAUUGUCCGAUGGAGAAUUGUGCCUGGUGUCUAUUAGAAGAUUCGAAGGCUGUUUUAGUACCUAGUCGGCCGAUUUGUAUACUGGUCAUAAUAAUAAUAAAGGUCUUCACUUUCU